AUGUUCUCCUGGUUUAGUCUCUUUACUCGAUUGAAUUUUGUUUUUGUUUUUGACAUUUUUUUAGUUGCCUUCCCUUUAAACCUACAAAGCGAGAAUUCAAAAAUGAAAGAAAAAGAGACCAAACCAAAUCAGUGGAUUUCACGAACACGUCGUUCAUGUGCAAACGAACGUCCGUUGAAGACGUGCAUCAAAAAGUAAGCAGUUGAAAAUGGAAGAAAAUAUGCGAAACGGAAUUUCUGAAUAUUCGGAUGCCAAAUGUUGGUGUCAGAUCAGUGGCUUUCUGAAUGAAUCUAGGGUUCAUGAUUUCACCAGCAAAGAGAACGCAACCGAUUCAAUUAGGUCAAUUCCUCUACGUUUGAAUUCGAAGGAUUGAUUCUCUCUUCACUUUCCCGGAAAAUUUACUCUCAGUUUCUCGAGAAAGUGAUCUGGAAGAACUUUCCAUUUCGUUUUCGUUUUGGGAAGUUCUUCGAUUCAUAUUUUUUUUAGGAUUUUUGCUAUUUUUCCUUUUUGCCAAUUAGGAAAGAAGAUGAGCAGAAGUAGCCUACAAUGGCGGGUUCGUUAAAGGCCAAAGUCAAUGAGUCCAGGCAAUAAAUUAGAAAACCAUAACUGAAGAGUGCCAAAUUUAGUAAGUCAAGAAGAGCCUUUCGAAAGCUAGGGCUUUUUUCUGUUUUUUUCCUUCGUUUCUUAAAUUGUUCCCAAUCCAAGGGAUUCUGUUGUUGGAGAGUGAUCCAUCUGUUUCUUUGGCUCAAAGAAACAGAAAAAUAAAAUAAAAAAAAAAAUAGAAAAGAAAAGGAAGGAACCCUAAGGAGGAGGAGGGCCAAUUAAACUUGCAGGAAUUCUCUCUUUCCAGAUCUACCCGUUUCAUUGUUCUGACAGUUUUUUUCUUCUGUCAGAACACCCGAAAUUCUUUUUACUCGAUUCCCUUUUUUUAAUUUCAUCAUAUAAUGCCUUUCUCAAUUUAUAAUUGAGCAAUUUUGCAGAAUAGGGCCUGCAAGAUCUCUCGGCAAUCUGUGCUCAAGGUUUGUAAUAGCAACUUGUUUUCCUUGUUAUUGGUGUCAUUGUAUUCUUUAUUGUUUCUAGGUUCAAUUUUGUAAAGACGGUGAUCACAUUUUAAUUCUUGAGGCGAUUAUACUGUUUAUAUACUGUUGUUCUAUAUGUUUAUAUGUAUCAGGUUUGAAUUUUCUUUUUUAUUUACUGUGACCAUUGUGUUUGCAGUUCCUACAUAUAGCCAUCAAGAAACCCAAUGUUUUCUCAUUGAAACAUUAAUGGUUGCUGCUUUGAUCAAUGGUUUUCUGACAUCUGAAACUUGUUAUUUUGAUUCAUAUAUUUGUGAACGAAAUCAAGCAAACUUCUGGUUUUAAUACUAUCCUUCUGGCCUGUUUGAAGAAUGGUUUUUGAUUCUGGAUCAUUUGGGUGAGAAUAUGUAAGGGAUGGUAUCUGAAACUUUGAUGAAGAUUGUAUCACCUUGCUGGAAACCCUUGGUUGAAGGUGAAAAUUCCAGCAGAGGUGGGGAUGCAAGUGGUCGGGUUGACGGGCUGUUGUGGUACAAGGAUUCUGGCCGCCAUAUUAAUGGGGAAUUCUCAAUGGCAGUUAUUCAGGCAAAUAAUUUGUUGGAAGAUCGUAGCCAACUUGAGUCAGGGCCACUGAGCUCAUUUGAAUCGGGUCCUGUUGGAACGUUUGUUGGAAUUUAUGAUGGCCACGGAGGACCAGAAGCUGCAGAAUUCAUAAAUGAUCGUCUUUUCAAUAAUAUGAAGACUUUUCAUGGUGCAGAAUUUAUUCCAGAAAAUCAGGGAGUAUCUGCUGAAAUUAUUAACAAAGCAUUCUUGGAGACGGAGGAGGAAUUUUUGUCUCUUGUAAAGAAACAAUGGCUUGUUAAGCCUCAAAUUGCUUCGGUUGGUUCAUGCUGUUUGGUAGGCAUAAUAUGUUGUGGAUUACUGUAUAUUGCAAAUGCUGGAGAUUCUAGAGUGGUGUUGGGAAGAUUUGAAAAAACUCAUAAAGAGGUUAAAGCCAUCCAAUUGUCAUCUGAGCACAAUGCUAGUAUCGAAUCUGUGAGAGAGGAGCUGCACUCGUUGCACCCCAAUGAUCCACAGAUCGUGGUGCUAAAGCACAAGGUGUGGCGCGUGAAGGGUGUUAUACAGGUCUCAAGAUCCCUUGGUGAUGCUUAUCUCAAGAAAACAGAGUUCAACCGAGAGCCUCUUUUGCCAAAAUUCAGAUUACCAGAACCAUUCCACAAGCCAAUACUUAAAGCCGAGCCUGCUAUUGUAGUGCAGAAACUGUACCCAGAGGAUCAGUUUCUUAUAUUUGCUUCAGAUGGUCUUUGGGAGUAUAUAAGCAAUCAGGAAGCUGUCGACAUCGUCCAUAGUUGUCCACGUAAUGGGGUUGCAAGGAAACUCGUUAAAGCUGCACUUCAUGGAGCUGCAAAAAAAAGAGAAAUGAGAUACACAGACUUGAAGAAGAUUGAUCGUGGGGUAAGAAGGCAUUUUCACGACGACAUCACUGUUAUAGUUUUGUUCCUUGAUUCGCAUCUGAUUAGUCGCAGUCCAAGCUAUGGACCUAUGCUUUCAAUCAGAGGAGGUUCUGGUAUCCUCGCUAGAUCAUAGUUUGUGAAGCCUUAGCACCAUCAUCUCUUGUGCUUUUUUACAUCCACCUACCUCCAUUUUUUCUCAUUUGUAUUGCAAAAUUAUUGUUUUUUUGUAUUCAAAAGAGGAAAGAUUUGGAAACCAUGACCCUUUUCUUUUCCCAUUCCCCUUUUCCUUUUUUCUUUUUCUUUUUCUUCUUUCAUUUUGUGUUUCCUUUUUCAUGUAUAUCACUGUUAUUCUCUAAGAAGUCUCCUUAUUGACAUUUUUGUCAAUAGUAUAAGAGAGAGAGAUAAUAUUUGAUCA